AUGGCACAAAAGAAAUUGAAGUCCGUUGGUGUCCGAGUUCUCUAUGGCUUCAGCCUGGACCAUUCUAACAGCGGAGCCUGGGAGACCAUUGCUAAGAAUUUGACGGCAAAUGAAGCGAUGGGCCUAAACGCCCGGGCUCAAUCGGCCAUCGAUACAUUCUCUAGUAAACAGAAUAAAAAUAUGAUCCCUUCACAUCAGAGGGUUAUAGACUUCGGGUUUUCGGCUCUCUGGUUGCCUCGUAUCAUGGAUUGCCACAACGAUAGAAGGAAUUGGGGGAAGUAUAGCGGCGUCUGCUAUGAACUAAGUGCAGCAUCCAAGGAGCGCGAUCGUGCUAAAACCAAGGAGGCCCAGGAUUGGAAAAGGUCUUUGGCUGGACAAUUACAGAUAAAGAGGAAAACACCGACACUGCGGGAACCUUACUGGGAUUCGCGAAGGUUGAUGGCUUAA